CAAUCGCAAAAGAUAUCGUAAUUUUGGACUCUUUUAACCUCUACACAAAAGAGUGAAGAAAAACAAAAUAAGCAAGUGUCGUGAUAAAAAGCAAGAGAUCGUUGUUGUGAAAUAAUAAAAUGGUGUUAAUCCAUUGAUUAAAAAAAGAAGAAAUGCAUACUAAGUAAACAAAUAACUCAAGAUGAAGAGACGUACUUUGUCCUCGGAUGGAAAUGCCCCAACAACAUCACGUAAAAUUCCCCGUCUUGAAACCUCCAGCUCAGCAUCCAGGGAUCAAAGUGCUUCCUCUUCUUCAUCAAAUGAGAGCAACAAACAGAGCUUACAUGAUUUAAAGAAAUUAUCAGGAGGAUUAAAAAAGGCUGGACCAUAUUUAUUAGGUCCUAGAUUAGGCUCAUCACCAGUAAGGAGUAUAGUUCAAUGUCUAGCACGAAGAGAAGGAAGAGAUGAAUUCUUUACAAUAAAAAUUUUGACAAUGGAGAAACCUGAGAAAGAAAGUCAAGAUGAUCGUCAGGGAAAGAUGUUGAUGCACACAGAAUAUUCUCUACUUUCACUUUUACAUUCCCAACCUGGUGUUGUUCAUCAUCAUGGUUUAUUUAAGGAUGAAGCCUUAGAAGAAAAAGAGGUUGCAGACAAUAGCCGACAGACAGCACCUACUGGGCGUAUUCGUAGUCGAUUAUGUCUAGUAUUAGACUGUUUAAUUCCACAUGAUUUUUCUUCUAAAACUAACGAGCUAGUAAACUUACAACAUUAUGUUAUAAAAGAAAAGAAAUUAACAGAAAAAGAUGCCAUUUUAAUAUUUACAGAUAUUGUUCAAGUUGUUAAUAGCUUACAUCAGAAGAAUAUUGUCCAUCGUGAUUUAAAACUGGGUAAUAUGGUAUUAAACAAGGAGACGCGAAGAAUUACAAUAACUAAUUUCUGUCUGGGAAAACAUCUUGUAUCAGAAAAUGAUUUAUUAAAAGAUCAGCGAGGAAGUCCAGCGUACAUCAGUCCUGAUGUUCUUAGUGGUAAACCUUAUUUGGGUAAACCAAGUGAUAUGUGGGCUCUUGGUGUCGUUCUGUUCACCAUGAUCUAUGGGCAGUUUCCAUUUUAUGACAGUGUACCACAAGAACUCUUCCGUAAAAUCAAAUCUGCUGAAUUCACCAUUCCAAAUGAUGGUCGUGUAUCGGAGAAUACAAUAUCAGUUGUCCGUAAAUUAUUGGUACUGGAUCCACAGACACGGAUGACAGCAAGUGAAGUUUUAGAUGCCAUGGGAAGUGUUCUUGCUACAUGGAGAGUGAUGUCUUGCCCGAAUAAUUUACAAGUCGUACCAGAUGUUGAUAAUGACAGGAAAGAAAAAAUUAAAAAUCAGAACAAAACAAGUGACCUGGAAAAAAAAUUACAAGAACUUCUCUCCGAUGCUGACACAGAAACAAAAAUAGUUCCUAAAGGACCAAUACAACGAAGGAGAACAAACAUGCAUCCUCCAAUCAAAAGGCUUCUUACAGAUGCCCGACCCCUGACCACGGAAGAGCGAGAAGCCCAUCGUCAUAUUCUUCCACCUGAUUGAGGAUGAUAAAACAAAUUCGGAAACUUGGAUAAAAUCAUGUUCAUGUCCAUUCUAACUAAUCGUAUUGUCAUUUAGAAAUCAGUUUUAAGUGUUACUAGUAUUAUGGAUUGAUACACCUUAAUUGAUCGUUUGCAUUUUAUGUCGAUAGGUGGGUGUUGGAUGGCCAAAUGGUUAGAGCAUGCGCGUUGACGUUGUAUCAUAAGAUCUGUCAUUAAGUCAACUACCAUGGUUUCGAUUCCCUGGUUGUACGUGACAAGAAGUCGGAUCGCCUUUACAACUUCGUGGGUUUUCUCUGGGUCCUCCGAUUUCCUCCCAGUGCUAAAGACCCCUACGCACAAGCAAAAUAUAUUGAUAUAAAAUUAAACCAUGUUAGGCCCGAAAUUACCUAGCUUGUGUCGAGUGGACGGUUAACCCAAUUUCUCUCUCUUAGAUAAUGAUAAGAGGAUACCUGUCGAAACAUCAUGCUUAUAGAAUAAAGCCUGUGAUUGUUUUCCAUAAAAAUUGUGUUAAUAUGUUUCUCAAUCACUGAAUGCCACUUAAAGAUGUUCUUAAUUGUUUUAAUUCUUUGCAACCUGAACUAAAAUUAUGAUGUAUUUUAAGACAACUAAAUGCUAAAAUCAGGUUAUACUCAAUUUCUGAUCAAAUGGACAUAAAGGAUAAUUUUCUACAUGUAAUUACCAGAUAGAUUGAUUUGCACCUUGAUUUUAUAUAGUUGAAAUUUACUUAACACUAGAUAAUGAUGAAUAACAUGUAAGUAAAAAAUACACUGGUUGGAAUUGCCCUUUAACGUGGCUAAAUCUAUUUGUUAAGGCCAGCUCAAUUUUUGUCAAUGUUGUUGAGAUGUAAAUAAGGUUAGGGCACGUGAUUGUUGGCGAGAUUAGGGUAAUCAUUGGGGCUUGGUCCAGGGUUAGCGCUAGCCCUGUUUACAUCUGACCUAUGACGAAAAAUUGAGCUGGCCUUAUCAUUUAGCACCAACCCUUUAACGUGGAUAUGUUAAAUUGAAGACUAAGGGGAGAUAAGCAUGUACAUGUAAUAAUAUUAAAAACCUUUUAUCAUAUUAAAAUGUUAUGUAGUUGAGGUAUAUUUUGGUUGUCAGAUUUUAUGUAUAAAGUAUGUUUUGUUGAAAAUUAAAAAUAUA